AAGCGCCUUGAGGCGACUUUUGUUGUGAUUUGGCGCUAUAUAAAUAAAAUUGAAUUGAAUUGAAUUGAAUCAGAGAAGCUUCUGCUGUUCUGAGACCAAAUGAAGAAGCCUCUGUGACGAGAGGUGGAAGUCCAGCCUCCUCAGACUGCCAUGAGCGGGAUGACAGAACCUCCACAGACAUGUUUGUGCUGUUGUUAAUGUGUUAGAGCUGUUAAAGAUGAUGGUGGAGGUUUCAUGUUUGCGAGGGUGAUUUGUGGUCAGUGCGACCGUUGGGUUCUCGGUCGUGUUCCUGAUGAACAAAGUGCUUCAGUAGCUCCUCGGUUUCUGUCUGAAGCGUCCUCCUGGCUCCAAACAUCUUCCGCCCGCUGUGCCUGAACGCUCGCAGGUUCAGAAACACUUUCAGACGUCCUCAGCCUUUGUAUGUGUGUCUACGUGUGAAACUGAGGGUCGGUGUGGUUGCACUGGAAGGUGUACCAAGGAUGUCGGAGAGGUCGCAGUGGGAUUGCUGACAUCACCCUUCCUGUGAUGACCAAACGUCCCCUAGCUGUGGGCUUCAGGCCCGUGCAGCCGUGAAGGCUCGGACGCUUCCUCGUUUGCUUGGUGAUUUUCUUGAAACCCUGAAUGUGCCACCGUUUGCAGAAAACAUGGACCAGCUUCCUCUUCGGCUGUGAGUCAGAGCUGCUAGAAAGAUCAGGAAACCAGUCCUCAGCUGGGAACGUUUGACGUGUCCACCAUGGCUCGGGUCGCCCUCCUGUGUCUGCUCGCGUCCAUCGGUGUGACACAGCUGUUAGUGUCAGAGGUCACGGUGGUAUAAUCAGCACAGCUCUGAUGGUACGUCAUGUGACCUGUGUCCCUGCAGGGUGCUGCGUGGGUCAGAGGAUCCUGUCAGAAGGCUCUGUGCACGCAGGUGUCGGAAGCAAUGUGACGCUGAAAACUCCGAUUCACGACCUGCAGAGCUCGGCUCUGUUCUGGCACUUUAAUGACGGGAAGGAGAUUGUAAAUGUUGCCUCGGUGAGCUCCUCCACGCUCAGACUGAACACGUCCUACGAGGGCAGAGCGUGGAUUAAUCCAGCCAACGGCCACUUGACCCUGGGCGCGCUGACACUGCAGGACAGUGGGGAAUAUAUCAUCACCAUCGUAUACAAACACGGUCAGAGCGACAUUGCAAAGAUACGCCUCACGGUCUCAGGGACCCAGAACGGAGGAAAUCCACGCGCUCGCUCUUCACUCGUCACAUGUGGACGCUCGGUUUUCAGCACGUACGGCCAAACCGUGUCAGGACCAGGUGUGGCGGUCCCAGCUGCAACAAUGAAAUCUCCACCCACCGGCACCACCCCCAUGCCAGCUCUCCCUGAGCAGAUCACAGAUUACUUUGUGUCUCUGGUUGUGUGUGUGGUUGUGAUCGUCGUGCUGUCGGCUGGUUUCCUGCUGCUCCUCUACAGAUGGAUGGAGAACAGGAAAAACAGGAAUUCAGAUGGAAGACAGGUGGAGAUACCUGCGGCCCAGCAGAAGAACGGAGCUCCAGGAUCCACAUGUGAAGACUCCACCUACCAGACCAUGACUCCAGCCCCCACAGACCUGGACCACAUCUACUCCACCCUCACUGACAUGCAGUACAUGUCACAUGUGCGAUACAUUCAAACGGACACAAUUUCCUGCAAAUCACUAACAUCCCAGUAAAAUCCUGAAAUGUUUCCAUCACAAACUCAUCCACAGAUACGUUUGUGAUGUUUAUAAUUGUAUAACUAUAAACAUCAGUUAUAAUAUUAAUCGUUUUCAUGUUUUUUUAUUUGUGUAUGUUUGUUAUUACUUCAGUUUAUAAGCCCCGCCUCUCUGAGCUGUGGGUGUAAAUGAACGCUAACCCCCUAACUCUGACCACUCUCUUCUGUUGCUGCCGUCCCUACAGACGCUGUAUUUCACAUCACGUAUGUUAUAUGAUUGUCACUGAUCUAAUGACUCAAUAACUUUUGCUACAAUGUGAUUAAAGAGGCCACUUUGACCAGCUUUAGCAUUAAAAUGCUGUUUGGACGGGUAAAUAAGAUUACACUAUAUAGUGAGUUUUGGUAUCAAACAUAAUUAACCUUUGUACUGUAAAUUCUUUACAUGAUUUGAAUGGUUCCUGUUUACCUGUGUUUAAUAGUAAAAAGUCGUAUUGCUGCACACUUUGUCUGAUUCUUACUCCUGUGACUGUUGCUGGUCAGUACGAGCACUGAUGCUGGUGCUGGAUCUAUACUAGUGUGCUACGAUCACUUUCUUUCUGUCCUCUAAGUUCAGCAUGUAGCUCGCUGAACUGUGUUAAAUCAGUCAUUUCUUUGGAAAUAAAAAAUGUACGUCACACAUUCACUAUAAAAAUAUCUUUUUCA